CCCGGCCCCGCCGGCCACCCCGCCCGCCAUGGACCCCAAGGACCGCAAGAAGAUCCAGUUCUCGGUGCCCGCGCCCCCCAGCCAGCUCGACCCCCGCCAGGUGGAGAUGAUCCGGCGCAGGAGACCAACCCCUGCCAUGCUGUUCCGGCUCUCAGAGCACUCCUCGCCAGAGGAGGAGGCCUCCCCUCACCAGAGAGCCUCAGGAGAGGGGCAUCACCUCAAAUCGAAGAGACCCAACCCAUGUGCCUACACACCCCCCUCGCUGAAAGCUGUGCAGCGCAUUGCCGAGUCGCAUCUCCAGUCCAUCAGCAACCUGAGCGAGAACCAGGCCUCAGAGGAGGAGGAUGAGCUGGGGGAGCUGCGGGAGCUGGGCUACCCUAGAGAGGAAGACGAGGAAGACGAGGAGGAAGAGGAAGAGGAAGAGGAGGAGGAGGACAGCCAGGCUGAAGUUCUGAAGGGCAGGAGGGGGCCUGCUGGGGAGAAGAUAACUUGUGGCCAGGGUCUGGAGGGACCCUGGGAGCGCCCACCCCCUCUGGAUGAGCCCCAGAGAGAUGGAAGCUCCAAGGACCAAGUGGAAGAUCUGGCACUAAAUGAGUCUGGGGAGGAGCCACAGCGCCCUGCCCACCCUGAGCCUGGCACAUAAGCAUCCGGCCUUGCAUCUCUCAGAAGGAAGUGGAGGGGGCAUUGCUGUUCCCCAGAAACCCACUCUGUCCCCACCCUAUUUUGUACCCUUCCCCCUCACUCGCUAGGGCUGUGGCUUCUGACUUCUAGAAGACUUAAGGCUGGUCUGUGUUUGCUUGUUUGCCCACCUUUGGCUGAUGCCCAGAGUUCCUGGGUACUUGCUGCCUGAUGCCUACCCCUGCCAGUCAUUCCCCCAUUUACCCAGAGGGAGGCGGGAUGUGAGAGACUUUGCAUCAGAUAAUCCAGUAAGGGUGUGUGUGUGGGGGCAAAGGUUUAUCCUUCACAAUUCCACUCCCCAGACCCUCUCCCCUGGGCACAGGAAACCCACAGGGCAGGACCCUAAGAUCUGGGGAAAGAGGGUACUGAGAAAUUGUUAGGUACCCUUAGAUCCUUCUCCAUCCCCUCUCCUAUGGGGGAUUUCAAGUUACCACCCCUCUCUCUGGCUUCUCCCAGGGCCCAGGAUUCAGGCAUCCUUCUCCUCAGCUUCAACAUUUUGGAAAUCUUCCCCUUAUCACUCCUGCUCCCCAGCCUGGGUGCCUGGAAGA